AUGCCCACAUCUCCUCCUGACGGUACAGACAAGAAAACUAAAAAGCUGCUGGCACAAGAAAGGACAGUUCUUUGCGUGGGACUCUGUGCAAAAGGGCUCCGCACAUCCCGGACAACGAGGGUGACACUCAGCACAUCCCGGACGAGGGUGACACUCAGCACAUCUCGAACAACGACGGGUGACACUCCGCACAUCUCCAACAACGAGGGUGACACUCAGCACAUCUCCAACAACGAGGGUGACACUCAGCACAUCCCGGACAACGAGGGUGACACUCCGCACGUCUCCAACAACGAGGGUGACACUCAACACAUCUCUAACAACGAGGGUGACACUCAGCACAUAUCCAACAACGAGGGUGACACUCAGCACGUCUCGAACAACGAGGGUGACACUCAGCACAUCCCGGACGAGGGUGACACUCAGCACAUCUCGAACGACGAGGGUGACACUCAGAACAUCUCCAACAACGAGGGUGACACUCAGAACAUCUCCAACAACGAGGGUGACACUCAGAACAUCUCCAACAACGAGGGUGACACUCAGCACGUCUCGAACAACGAGGGUGAUACUCAGAACAUCUCCAACAACGAGGGUUACACUCAGCACGUCUCGAACAACGAGGGUGACACUCAGAACAUCUCCAACAACGAGGGUGACACUCAGCACAUCUCCAACAACGAGGGUGACACUCAGCACAUCUCCAACAACGAGGGUGACACUCAGCACGUCUCGAACAACGAGGGUGACACUCAGAACAUCUCCAACAACGAGGGUGACACUCAGAACAUCUCCAACAACGAGGGUGACACUCAGAACAUCUCCAACAACGAUGCUCCAAUGGAUGACUCGGCCCAGCUGGCAGCUUCGGCUCCUCCUAGUCCUGACAACCCUUCAGCUCCUCCUAGUCCUGACAACCCUUCAGCUCCUCCUAGUCCUGACAACCCUUCAGCUCCUCCUAGUCCUGACAACCCUUCAGCUCCUCCUAGUCCUAACAACCCUUCAGCUCCUCCUAGUUCUGACAACCCUUCAGAUCCUCCUAGUCCUGACAACCCUUCAGCUCCUCCUAGUCCUGACAACCCUUCAGCUCCUCCUAAUCCUGACAACCCUUCAGCUCCUCCUAGUUCUGACAACCCUUCAGCUCCUCCUAGUCCUGACAACCCUUCAGCUCCUCCUAGUCCUGACAACCCUUCGGCUCCUCCUAGUCCUGACAACCCUUCAGCUCCUCCUAGUCCUGACAACCCUUCAGCUCCUCCUAGUCCUGACAACCCUUCAGCUCCUCCUAGUCCUGACAACCCUUCAGCUCCUCCUAGUCCUGACAACCCUUCAGCUCCUCCUAGUUCUGACAACCCUUCAGAUCCUCCUAGUCCUGACAACCCUUCAGCUCCUCCUAGUCCUGACAACCCUUCAGCUCCUCCUAAUCCUGACAACCCUUCAGCUCCUCCUAGUUCUGACAACCCUUCGGCUCCUCCUAGUCCUGACAACCCUUCAGCUCCUCCUAGUCCUGACAACCCUUCGGCUCCUCCUAGUCCUGACAACCCUUCAGCUCCUCCUAGUCCUGACAACCCUUCAGCUCCUCCUAGUCCUGACAACCCUUCAGCUCCUCCUAGUCCUGACAACCCUUCGGCUCCUCCUAGUCCUGACAACCCUUCAGCUCCUCCUAGUCCUGACAACCCUUCAGCUCCUCCUAGUCCUGACAACCCUUCAGCUCCUCCUAGUCCUGACAACCCUUCGGCUCCUCCUAGUCCUGACACCCCUUCAGCUCCUCCUACUCCUGACAACCCUUCAGCUCAGCUGGUUGAGGCCAAGACACCAGGCACCGAGGUCCAGAAGCAGGGAGCAGAAGGAGCAGGGCCCUCAUCAUUGUUUCCUAUCUUCAACAAAGAAACAAGGAGAUGGAAGACACCAUUCAAGACGGCGUACGAGCAAGGCACCACGCUGGAGGAAAAGGCGUCCAUAAAGAAGGACCAGACCUUACACUGGCAGUAA